AUGGCAACAUGUACUCGCAUUUCUGCACCUGGAUUGCACCCGGACAUCUGGUGUGCCCUUCGCGGCAUAGAGAUUUCUCUGUUUUGCGAUGUCCGAUAUGACCUCCCAGAGUCAUUUAAACGGGACAACUACGCACUGAUCGACAAGAUUCUUAGACGCAGAAACGGCAGGCGCCAUCUCGGGCCUUUGCUUUCAGCCGAAAAUUUGAAUAAGUCGCCGUUGUUAGUUGAUAAAUAUGCUAAAAUGGAGACGGCCCCGGAGCUGUGGAUAAGCACUUUGAAAGAGAACGCAGAGUCGUACUUCGAUCGACGAGUGAUGUCUCGUCUGGUGGAUGAAUUGCACUGGGCAUGUAAGGUUGUCCCGUUUGGAGAAUUUAUACCGGAUCCCAGGGUCUGGAUACUGCGAAAUCUGUCGACGAUGGAAUAUGUACGCUGUUGUCGUGAUGCGGGAGGAGGAGGAAAGGUGUUACGUGGCGAGAAACCUUCACAACUUACAGUAGAGGAUGUGAUUUUCUGGCGGAUUCAAUGUUCGGAUGCACCCACCGGAUAUUAUGGGCAGGAAUACUCCAUUACUACGCCUAGGCAAGGUAGCUGGUCUGGCCAUUGUCUGGACAUCGUUUUACUGGACGAUGUCGCUGGCGAGCUUCUGACUUCCGAGGAGACAAGUGCAGCAAUAAUAUGGAAAGAUGUCACUGAGGAAGUACUCCUUGAUAUGCAACACUUGUCGACGGCUAUUUCUCGAUACAAGGCUAGAGUCAACGAGUAUCGUGGGCUAUGGUAUGCACUCAAGAGCGACAUGGGUAGAUUUAUGAAACAUAAGAACUCGUAA